UCAGUUCGCGAAUGCUUUUGAAGUCGAAUUUUUGUGUGCUUUUACAUUCAUUUGUCAUUUUAUCCAAUUGUUUCCACUUAAUUGGAAUAAAAAAAAUUUGAUUAAAUAAAAACUACGAAAUGAAAUUUAUCAUAGGUGUUGGUGUGCUGGUGUGUUUGGUGCAUUUUGUUUAUAGUACCGAUUACUGUAAAGUGGAUUGCCAAGCAUUCAAGCAUGUUGCCUGCAAUGUCACUAAUAAACUUACGUCAAACUGUCCCCCGAAUUCGUCGAUUUAUGAGUUCAAUCAAACGGAAAUUAACUAUAUUUUACAUUUGCACAAUGACUUUCGAAAUGCCAUAUGCAAUGGAUCCAUACCUGGUUUUGAGCCAUGUAAACAAAUGGCUAAAAUGACUUGGGAUAAGGAACUGGCUUAUUUAGCUGGUAUAAAUACUCACAACUGUUCAUUUGGACACGAUGAAUGUCGUAAUACAGAUAAGUACAAGAGUGCCGGCCAAAAUCUGGCGAGUAUUUCAAAAUAUAGACGUUUCCCAGUAACAACAGCAGUUAUCUUAGAGUCUAUCAACGAUUUAUGGUUCAAAGAAUAUAAAUAUGCGAACAUGACCUACAUCAAUCGAUUUAGCUUAAACCCUAAGGAUCAAAUUGGACAUUUUACUCAAUUGGUUUGGGGAAAUGCGACAACGGUUGGAUGCGGUGCAACACGCUAUUUCCACAAUGAAUUUGGCCGUUUUUAUUUCGCUUGCAAUUAUGCGGUAGGAAACACCUUAACUGUACCCGUUUAUCUCACUUCGACCAAAGGUGGAUCUGGUUGUGUCACCGGAACUGAUCAAACUUAUCGCUCGUUAUGUUCAGAAAGGGAACCACUUAAUCCGAACUAUUAUUUUAUUCCUUGGUAUUGAUUCAUUUAGCAAAAAUUCGGCCUCCUUCAAAGCUUAGUUACAAAUAUUCCAAAAAUGUACGACUUGUGAUAUAGUAAUAAAAAAACAUUUUGUUUAAAAGAAAAUAAAAGA